AUGGCCCUCUCGACUUUCUCGGAAGCCAGUUACACCGAUAUUUGGAGACCAGCUGUGGAUGAAAACAACUUCACGGCACCCUACCUUUACACCCAAGUGAAAUCUUCAGAUUUCCAGAGUGUUUCUGUUACUGUGCAAGCCGACUGGAAGACACUUUUUGACCAAGGAGGAAUUGCCAUUACUUUCCCUCGCGAUGAUACUCCACUCCAGUGGAUCAAGGCGGGGAUCGAGUAUACCGACGGCGCACCUUACCUUGGCGUUGUUGCCACCCAGAGUCUCUCUGAUUGGAGCUUGAGCCCAAUGUUAAAUGCCUCUGACUCCAAGACUGCAACAAUCGAAAUUGUUCGUGAUAAAGCGGACGCGUGGGUUUAUGUGCAUGAGGGAACAUCGCGGAGGUCUCUUCGUCAAAUUACUUGGGCAUUCAACGAAGAUACCCCGGAGUAUAUGCAUGUGGGCUUAUAUGCUGCAAAGCCAACACGGGAGAGUGAAUCUGGACACGAGCUUGACAAGCUCGCGGUGACAUUCAAAUCAUUUGGUCUUAGAACAACGGGUUGA